AUGCCGCACCGCUCUCGACACCAGCACGCGCCUGCGAAAAGCGCCGACGAGCACACCGACACCGAGACGGGCACCGAAGACGAGGAGGGCGGAGCUGUCCCGCUGCAGCCGCGCCGCAGCAAGAAGGCCGGCUCGAGGCGAGGCGAGCCGCCGGAGGACCGUGAGGGCGGGACGACGACGGACGAGGGCGAGGGCCGACGGCACAAGAAGGCGUCUGCGAGCAGGAGGAGGAGGGACCGAGCGCCGAGCGACGACGACAGCGCCACCUCGGACGACUCGGCCAGCCCGUCGCGCGAAGCACACCCGCACAAACACGCCAAGCGCAGCAAGGCGCACCACGGCCGUCACAGCGCGCACGACGGCAUCGGGUCGGGCUCGGACGAGGAGGAGAGCGGCAGCGCGAGCGACGACGACGACGACGACGAUGAGGAGCACGGUGGACGGCACGGCAAGAAGCACCACCAGAGCAAGGGCAAAGCGUGGUGGCGCCAGAAGCGCAUCCUCGGCCUCAAGCGCCUCUACUUCUUCGCCGCCCUUGCAGCACUCGUCCUCCUCGUCAUCGUCAUAAUCAUCGUCAUCGCCGUCAAGUCGUCGUCGGGCAGCACACCCGCGUGA